AUGUUUUUUGGUGCUCUUAAGUCCUACGACAAACGUAUCGUACAAAGAGGGGGAGGACGAUCAAUGCAUGAGGAGGAUGUUUUUGAAAUAACGAACAAUCAAUGCCCAUUCGACAGCCCUAGUGAGCAGGCGCUAUGGGAGUUCUUCGACAAAACCUCAAUGACUCUCCCUUUCAGAGAAGGAGAGAGUUCAGUCGGAAAGAAAAAAGUACCCCGUCUUGAAGAGGUUGGAGACGACGUUACCUUGUUUUUGGAGCCAAACAUGGAGGACUUCGAGUCGGAUAGCGAGGACGAACGCAGGCCGCGGAAUACACGCGUCACAGAAAGGGACAUUCUUCAAGAACAAUUUCGAUUGUGCAGAGUAUGUGACAUCUACUACAACUGA